CCUUAUGGUCGUGGAAGCCGCCGAGAGAGAGAGAGAGAGAGAGAGAGUUAAAAACUCUGUUCGCCGUCCCGACAACACGCGUCUCGAUUUCUGAAGGAUACUCUUCUUCGUGGCGUUUAUUAACAUUACAAAUUACAAGUCUCUGUCCGCUUCAGGCGACCACUUCUCCGAAAAUAGAAAUCAGACGCCAAUCUUGCCCCCAGAAGUAUCUUUUGCAGAUCAAAUACUUCCCCACGAAGAAAAAAUUACAGAUGAAAAAAAUAUUCAAUCCAUUACUUGACGUCACAUUCUCAUGAUCCCGGCCAUCUCCCUAAUAUGAACUGGUCUUCUACGUAGUGUCCUGUCCUCCCUUUUCCAUACAACCACCUAACUCACAGCUUAGCUCUUUUCUCUCUGCCAUCUAGCUCUAACUCUACCAUGCGAAGUGGGUCAAGAACGGGAACAGCCUCAUUCGAAGCCUUUCUGGAAGGCUGGCUUGUCCGCCAACAACACUACCUCGAUGAGCUUCUCUCGGCUCGGCAACAUUGCCACGAAAUCAGAGACGAAGACCUCAAAGAUUUGGUUUGCCGCAUCCUCGCACACUACCAAGAAUACUACGAAGAAAAAUCGAUAAUUGCUCAGAGGGACGUCUUCCUCGUGUUCUCUCCCACAUGGUUCACCUCCUUCGAGCGCACCUUCCUCUGGAUCGCCGGUUUCAAACCCGGUUUGGCAUUCCGCCUCAUCAGCAACUCGGUGGAUGACUUGUCAGAGGACCAGCACCAGAGAAUGAAUAGGUUGAUGGAGAAGACGAAGGUGGAGGAACGGGCGCUCAACCAUGAGCUGGCAAAGAUUCAGGAGAGCGUGGCGGCACCACCGUUGCUGGAGAUUCUGGGGCGUGGGGGGCGGUCAAUCAAUGGGGAAAUAAGUGAGGAGGACAACGUGUUCGCGGCAUGGAGGUCGGCAUUGGAAUCAGCGGUGGCCAAUGCUGAUGCGCUGAGGACGAACACGGCGGUGAAAGUGGUGGAGAUACUCAGUCCAGCUCAGAGCGUCAGGUUCUUAGCCGCAGUUUCUGAGCUUCAGCUCAGGAUUAGGAGUUGGGGCUUGCAGAGAGAAGCAGAAGCACAAGAAUAAAGUUGCUGUGGAUGGAUCUUAUAAGUGGUCACUGUACUGUCAAUAGAAAUGGAUUCGAGUCGGUCUCUGCAAGUAUGGAUUCGAGUCCUGUAAAUAUUGAGUGGAUUAAUAUAUAUCUUACAUAUCCCACUUCCGUUACUUGCUGCUACCUACCAUCAAUAGUCCAGAAGCUAAACUGCUGCCUUUAUCUUACUCAAUAUUAUAUGGUAAAAUGACAAAAAAAAGGCCUAGUUUGCCUAGUUUUCUCUGUCUAACUGCUCAAAUACAAAGAGAAAGAGAACGAAAUGACCAAGUCCUAAGCCUGAUUAUUCUAAUUUUCAAUUGUAAGAAAUCCAUUUCAUUUCUUGAGAUGGCCCAUUCAGUUGCAUUUUUAAGUUCUCUGACUACACGUACAUUUUGUGGACAAACCCAAAAACUGCAGUAUCUCCCAGUGGCAUCAGCUUUGUUAAUUGGAGCUCUGACGCAGACAUCCUUCGAUCAUACUUCACCAAGGUAUCAUUUCUCUCAUACUUAGCUCUGUGCAUUAAGGGAGAAAAAGAAAAUCCAUCCUAAAUGGUAUUCACAGAGAAUUUUAGGCAUAUUGUCUGUUCUGUUAUCUGUAGCUGGGCGAAAUGCACAGCAGUAUGUGAUUUCUGUAUUAUGGGAUGGAGUUAUGACAAUCGUGAGAGUUAAUGGAAGGCAGCUCUGUUCUAGGCCUCAUUGCGUGGCCUUCGGCCCUUCUGUAAUGAAUCCUUACUUUUUCCA